CUAUCACAGGGAGACCGAGAGAACAAUUUCCUGUUGACACCGGAAUAUUUAGAAAGUGCAAGGAAGGAGGGAAGGCAGUGCGGGCAGCAGCAGCAGCAGCAUCUGUGGAAGUUUCUCCCUGCACGGCAGCUGAGGAGUGCCCCUGUGGGAGCCCGGGCACAGGGGCAGGGGCUGCUGCAUGCAUGUGGAGCACACAGGGCAAAGUAAGUGUGCAGAGGCUGGCCUGCCUGCAUGUGUCAUCGAGGGAUCAGGUGCACUGCCAUCCAGGGCUGACACUGGCAUCUUUUGUGUCUCCUGAAUGGAUGGAAACCAUCCCGGGCAUGCUGCUGAGCAUUGUGUAGCCAUCGGCCACACACACUGAUCAAAGCUCGGCCUCAUCUGGGCUCGGGAAGGCUUCUCUACAGCCCUGGGGAAGGAGAAGGAAUGUGAUUUUCUGAGCCUCCAAUGCUUUUAUCCUGUGCUGUCUGCUGAUGGCUGAAGCCUGGCUGGAGGAAGAGGAGGAGGAGCUGAGGGAUAGUGCUGGCAACAGGAGACACAGGAGGUCCAACCUGAACCAGGCUGCAGAACGUCCAGAAAGGAACAAGCCAGAGCACCGAUUUUCUGGACAAGGACCCCUGUCAUCCAUAAGAGCCGUCAUUAAGAGAACAUCCAGAACUACUGCACAGAGUGAACAGCAGAGAGAUAGAAGACGUCCCGAGAUCACUAUUGUUGCUGCUGAACCUAUUGGUCCUGGAUCUUGGUUUCAUGGUGGCCCACCUGGAGGCUUAGGAUUCCCUCCACCGCCUCCACCACAGUGGAGACCUAGUGACACCCAUCCUGCAGAGCAGCCACCAUCCUAUGAGCAGGUUAUUAAGGAAAUCACACAAGUCCAGGUAGCCACAAGCAAUUCGAAUGUUGAACCCAGGCGGACAACCACAUGUGCAACACAAACAGACUUUCACUUGGAAGAUGACUACACAGGGCCAGGCAAUAAUGUAAUUCCAGUCACUUGUGAUCAAGCCACAGCCACAGUGCAAAGGACAAAUGAGAGAUCCCGCCAGUCCCUACCUUUUGUGACAAACAAUGUUCAGGACAAUUCCCUCCAGAUAGCAGUCAGUAAUACUGCUGGGACUAGCAUACGAUAUGAAGAUUCAAAUGUCACCAGAUACCCAGUGCCAAGACCAAGGACAAAAUCUAAUCUUAAACCUGUAGUAAACAAUAAUCUAAGUAUUUAUCAAGGUAGCAGUGAGAUCUACUUCCAGGGUACAGCCGAAGGAGAACUUCAUUCCAGCCAGCCUUGUUCUGGUUUUGAUGAUAAUUUUCUGGGGGACUUAUUAGAAAUGAACAAUAUGAGCGAUGAAAGAAGCCAAAACAGUAUUGUGUCAAGGAUUAAAGCCUUUGAGUCUCAAGGUGAAAGUUCAGAACAUUCUAAAAGACCAGAAGUGGCACCACGUUCCAUCAACACUAGGGGUGCUGUCACCACAAAGCCUAUAGUAGCUCCCAAACCAUUAUCCAACAGAAUAUCUGGUGAAUGGGACCCUGGGAAAGACAAUAAACCAAAAUUUACACCAAGAGAGGGACUUGUACUGUCAAGUCUACAAGAUACCAGUGGUGUGAUCAAACCAGACCUGCCAAAGAAACCAAAGCCGAAUCUCUCAAAAAGCAACAGUAAUGAGUUUCCAGAUGGUCUGCUUGGGACGUCUACAAGCAACAGUAAAGAGUCUGAAAGAAAAUUACCAGUUCCUGCUCCCAGGCCUCUGCUGCCUAAGAAAUCCAUUCAAACUGACAACUUUCCCUCUGUAUCCUUGGGAGCCAAACCCCUCAUUCCUGCUCCAAAAUUCUCUGUAGCUUCUCAAGCCAAAGCAUUUAACACCGUAGAAGCACCCACAGCCAGAGUAGUGCAGAGCAAGUCGGUGGGUGACCUAGACUUGAUCAGCUUUGAUGAUGUUAUUUUAACUCCGGUUAUGCCGAGUCCAGACGUUAUUAGUGAUUCAAAGGCAAAUGCUGAUCCAUUCCAGCUGUUUUCCAAGGAUGGGAAUGAGAAGGAUCAGCCAAUCCCUUCUUCUGUGUUCAGAAAGCCUACAGUCAUCCGGAUCUCUGGGAAACUUGGGAAAUCAUGUGAGGAACUUCAGACUCCUCCACCACUUCCUGCUGAAAAACCUGUUGGGAGCCUAUAUAGUAAAUCCACUGCAAGGACACGUCCUACAGUUAGAAAGGAAUGGGAGCAAUUUGACAAUGCGGAAGAGACUUGGUCUAAGCCAGUACUACCUACCAGACCAAUUGGUGUCAAAGUGAUGGACACUCCACAGCCACCUCCUCAGAAAGGACCACCUGGAAGACCUCCACCCCCUAAAAUCUCCAAAAAUGCCUCAAAUCGAGAUGCCUUUCCCCGAUCAUCUUCUGAUGUGGGCAUGAGUGCAAAACAUAAUACAUCUGGGCUCAACAGAUCAAAAAGUCAAGUGUUAAAAAGACAGCAACCAGAUCUACCUCCUCGACCUAAACCUGGACAUCCUCUAUAUAAUAAGUACAUGUUGCCUCUGCCUCAUGGAAUUGCUGAAAAGGAUAUUGUAUCUACAAAUCAUGCAGAGUUGUCAUGCAAGCGUGGAGAGGUGCUGGUGCUGCUGGAGCAAAAAGAUAACAGUAUUGUCCAUUGCCAAAAGGGAGGCGUAACUGGGGAUGUAAAAGUGACUAAUAUGAAGAUCAUCACUCCACUCGAUGACAGCUCAGAAAACAAGCAAAAGAACUUGCCCCAUAGAAUGGAGGACAGCCAUACACCUCACGCAUUGGUGCUGCAUGACUAUUCUGGAGAACAUGCAGAUGACCUAAGUCUGACCUCAGGGGAGAUUGUGUACCUGCUGGAGAAAAUAGACCGGGAAUGGUACAGGGGGAAAUGUAAAGGAAGCACUGGCAUAUUUCCUGCCAAUCAUGUCCAGAUUUUGGUUGAUGUGCCAGAUAGAGGGUACCAGAAGAAAAAUCAUGCAGCUUUUCAAAUAAAGGGUCCACAUUGUGUUGCGCGUUUUGAAUUUAUUGGCGAUCAGAAGGAUGAGCUCAGCUUUAGUGAGGGUGACACCAUCAUUCUGAGAGAAUACAUUAAUGAUGAAUGGGCCAAGGGAGAGCUGAAAGGACAUAUUGGCAUUUUUCCAAUCAAUUUUGUGGAAAUCAUAGAAGACUUGCCAAGCAAGACUACAGCCCCGGAUUCCCGGGAUUCUCAGAAGAAUAAACCAUCUGCAUCUUCUGCACAGCUAAACCGACUUUCUGGGGAAUGGUAUGAAGCGCUGUAUGAUUUCACCGCAGAGUCAGAAGAUGACUUACCCUUUAGAAAAGGAGACAAAAUACUGAUUAUAGAAAGACUGGACUCUGAGUGGUACAAAGGACGAAUGAAUGGCAGAGAAGGGAUUCUGCCGGCUGCGUUUGUACAGCUCUGCUCAGGACAAACAGCGUGGCAAACUCAGGGAGGGAAAUCUGGAAAGGCUCGGGCACUUUAUGACUUCAGUGGGGAGAAUGAGGAUGAACUUUCAUUCAAGGCUGGUGAUAUAAUCACUGCACCAGAAUUGGUAGACGAUGAAUGGAUGAGUGGAGAGCUGUACGGGAAAACUGGGAUAUUUCCAAAGAACUUUGUUCAGAAAUGUUAGCAGUAUACAGCGGACAUUGUAUUGUACCCUCUCACAAAACAGACUAUCACCUUUGGUGCCAACUGAACUUUUUUUUAUAUAGAUAUAAUGUGUGAAAUUUUUGCACUAUGGUUUUUUUUGUGUAAUUUUUUUUUUAUUAUUAUUUUAGAUAAGAUGUUUUGUUCCGGUUUCUGUAUGCGCUGUUUACCUGCUUGUCCUGUACAAAUACAUCAAGUCCAGCCAGAGCUGUUUAAUGCAUAUCACAGGCCAUGUAGCAUUGUAAAGGGCUUACAGAAAAAUGUCCUUGUUUUCAAUGGCCAAGAUACUCCAAUUUCUGAUCUACCUUUCGUCUGGUCUACCCUGCAGAUGAUGGACACGCGUUUCUGCAAGUCCAGCUUUGCACACGGCCAGCCUGGGAGUAUGCUAUGUGUAAUGUGUUGUAGGGUUUGUUUGUCCUGAAGCAAUCAUCAUUGGGCCAAUAUCCCAUUUGGCAACAUGGCCAAACAGGCUUGAGCAUACUGUGGAAAGAUGACACAUUUUCACAGUGCCAGGAUGUUCAGGGCUUGUAGUAUCUGCAAUCCAUUUAGUGCCUGUGUAGACGAAUGCAACAUGUGAUUUUAUCUCCCUCCAUCACUACAUUGUUGUUUUAUGUUAACGUGUACAAGUUGACAUUGUUUACUCGUUCUGGUAUGCAAAUGCAAACAAUGUAAAUUGUUUUUCUAAACCAUUUUUUGUGCUUAACACAUGCUGUCCAUUUACUCCUCUAAAACCUUGCUUUUGCUCCACCUAGUAAGUCUCUCUAGUAAAGUGGACAUCUGCCCCUUGCAUGAGCCAGCACCAUUGUCCUUGUUUAACCCUCAAUGAACUAAAGAAGUUAUCACUUUUGAGAAUGGAACUGAGAAGGGAACUUCUAGAAGAGCUUCGUACUUUGUGGACUUAGUAAUUGGAAGCCACAUAGACUCACAGUUCAUGACAGAAAUCAAUUCAACCUGAAUCCAAGCGCUAAUGGUGCAAAAUUGUUAGACAUUUGAGGUUAUUUUUUUAUUUGCUCUUUCCUUAAAUCAGGUUUCGAUAUUAGUUCCUGCCAAAAAAAUUGACAGGAUACAACAUGAACAUAUAAGUUCACUGACCUGUUAGGCUUUGAGAAGGUGUGUGAACAUGGCGCAAGGGCAGAACUAGAGGAAACAGCACUUCGGAGUAUAAGAUGGAGCAAUGAAAUAAGUUUCACUUUGGAUGUAAGUGCAUCAAUGAACUUUGAAUGCCCAUGUACAGGGUACAUAUAAUGGAUCUCUUUCUUAAUCAUUCCUUUAGACACUGUAUACAAUCCUACUUUUUAUGAGGACUGCAUCUUUUUCUAUGCUGAUCAAACAUGCUAAUGUAAAAUAGUUAAAAUAAUUAUGUGUCAUGGUCAGACAUGGUGAGUGUAUGGAGUUGAACUUAAAACACUUCAAAAUUGAAUGUCUUUUUCAUAAAUUGUUAAUUCAAGGUAUUUGAAUGAUAAUUUCAGUGUUUCCUUAUCUUUCUUAUUGUAAUUUACCGCAUCUCUUUAUUACAAUAAUGUAAUUCAGUUGAUGCAGUAACAGGCAUUCCUCUGCCAUGAUGGGCCACAUGUAUAAACUAGUGCUAACACGGUAAACAUUUUCAGCUUACUUUUUCAGAAGUUGGUUUCUAUAGUCAACUGCCCAAUUAAUUUUUUUCCUGCACUAGUGUUUAUAUAUAAGACCCCAUGUGUCAUAAAUCAGCAAUGCACUUUAAGGAUCAUGACUGCUGUCUCAAGACUCUUAGAUUGUAACAUAUGGAAGUAUUGAAUGAACUAUGCCUUGGUAAUAGCCCAGUGAACACAGGAAAGGAGUAUAGAAAGAGGAGACUAUUUGUUUAGAAUCUUUUAUUGGGCAAUUAUGCAUUACUGGAACGUUAUGUAAUAAAAAUAAUUUAUAAUA